GCACGUAUUUUCGGUUAGUGAACUUUGUUGGAACAACAACAAAGAUUGAUAAUAGUUAGUCAAUUUCUAUAAAGCAACCAUCGAGGAUGAACCACAAGUUCAAUUGAGCAACAAAAUACAUCCAUCAUAACCUUACAGAAAAGUUAAGUUUAUAUUAGAACUAUGCGGGUGGUUGCCACAGUGCUGUUCAGUAUUUCCGUGCUAGUGUUGGGAAGUGAAGCCGCAGCUCCGCAUAAAAAUGAGUGUGACUGUAAACGAAAAAUUAUGAAAGCUUCCACAUUGCCACUACCGGACUUUGAAAGUGUGAAGCACCACAGCAAAUUGCAUCCCAUGAAGGAUAUUUGCUCUAAAGUAGAUGUGGCUAACGUUCGUCCUAGCAGUGAUCCACUCGACGAAGCUCCAAAGUUUGCACCGUCGACAUCGUGCGAGUGUGGCUUUGAAAGUCAUAAACCUGCGCCAAUGAAAUAUCCAGCUGAUGUAAUAAGUCAAUACCUGGCUGCCGUCGCAGCCCGUAAAAAGACAAUCUCCGAAAGCGAUUUGUACUACCAUGGAUUACCCAUGAAACUACUUGACGAUCCCAAGAAAAAGUUAAAUGUACCAGAAGAACUACUAUAUAAAAUGAAUCUUCAGCCAAUUGAAUUGAAACCAACGAAAAAUAAAUAUGACCCCACGGCAGAUUUAUCCGAAGAUGUUCACCAUCCUUGUCAACCGGAUAAGCAAAUCUAUGCGGACAUCUGCUACGGGAAAGUUGAAGCAUCGGACCCAGCCCUCGAAGAAAUGAAACAGGAGGAGAUGCCUUGCCAAAUAUGUACGGAUCAUCACAUAGAAGAGGAAACUACAGAGCCCCCAGCGGAAACCGAAGAGGAGUGCGAUUCCGAGGAAGUUCCAGAUGAUUGCGACGAAGAUGAAGAAGACGAAGAUGACAUCGAUAACGAAUCGAUUGAACCGUUCGCCGAAGUCGAUGAACCAUGUGAUGAAGACGAAUAUCGGAAACGAUCAAUACGGCCAAGUACAUUUGAUAGGCGAAAAUCGUCGAAUCUGAGGAUUUAA